AUGGUACUUCGAGUUAUGGAAGUUGGACUGUUUACAGAUUGGGUUGAACUGGCAUUAUGGGAUACUGCUGGCCAAGAAGAUUACGACAGACUCCGACCACUGAGUUAUCCGGAUACAGAUGUCAUCCUUAUGUGUUUCUCAGUGGAUUCACCCGAUUCUUUAGAAAAUAUUCCUGAAAAAUGGACCCCUGAGGUCAAACAUUUUUGUCCAAAUGUUCCAAUCAUUUUGGUAGGAAACAAAAAGGAUUUACGAAAUGAUCCUAAUACGAUUAGAGAUCUUGCAAAAAUGAAACAAGAGCCAGUCAAACCUCAAGAAGGUCGUGCUAUGGCAGAAAAAAUUAACGCGUUCGCAUAUUUGGAAUGUUCGGCUAAAUCCAAAGAGGGCGUUCGAGACGUUUUUGAAACAGCUACUAGAGCUGCAUUGCAAGUCAAAAAGAGGAAGAAGACCAAAUGCCUUUUGCUCUAAAAGAGCAAAAUUAGAACACACCAGAUAUAUACAACACAAAUCGUUAAAUUUUUACUUUAAUUACUUUUUCAAAGUUGAGUAUCUAUUUUAAAGCGUAUUUGAUUAUUCAAUGAUUCAUUUUAAUUUUAUUAAAAACAAAAAUUAAUUACACAAAUUAAAAAAUUUUUACCAUAAAGUAUAUAUGUACCACAAUUUGAAUUGUUCAAAAUGAAUAUGGCGAAAAGAAAGAACUUCAAAGCAAAGUGUAAAAAUAAAAUAUCCUUGGAAACUAUAUCCAAAUAAAAUAUAUGAAUAAAAACAGUAAAUAAUCUA